AUGUACAAUUAUAAUAUCAUUUUAGAUCAAAUAUUGUUCUAUUCACGUCAAUUCGUUUACUUUUGUUAUUAAUUAAACAUUAUUACGUUAUUUGUAAUGAAUUCAUGUUGUGGUAACGAAUUGUUAUUCAAUUCUGCAAUAAGUGAAGUAGUGAAUAGUAAUUUAGCGCAAAUAUUGAAAUUAGUGAAUAUUGAGCACAGUGUUACUGGUUAUUGUGUUGUUCUAGUUCUUGUUAUCGUAAUUGGUGUUAGUGCGGUUACCUUGCGAAGAAUUUCUGUGAAAGAUACAACCCCUAGGCUGUAAGAAAGUAAAAGUAAUAAUUAAAUGAACAUUCGAUCGCUGCACCUGUAGCGUACUUCAGUGCACCCGACGUCGCGGCUGAGUCCACGGGCGGGCAGGCGGCCCCCGACCCGCCUCCGCAGGACGGCGCGAUGAAAGGCGUCGAGGCGACCCCUGAGGAACAGGAACGUCUGGCCACCGGCAACAACAAUGGCUCGUUCGAUUGCAAGAUUCCACCGCCGGUGCAGAAGGUCGGGCCGCGGUCGGCGUUCCACUCCACGCGAGUGUUCAUGCUGGUGUUCCUAUCGGGAUGGGUUCUGCAGGGCAUGUUCCUCACGUACUUCGUGAGCGUGACCACGACAGUAGAGAAGCUGUUCAAAGUCGGCUCGAAGACUACGGGGACGUUGCUGGCGGCGACGGAGAUCGGACAGAUAUGCACGGCGUUGUUCCUGACGUAUUUGGCCGGGAGGGGGCACAGGCCGCGGUGGAUAGCGUGCAUGAUGCUGGUGUUGGCUGUGGGGGUCAUCGGCUGCGUGGUUCCGCACAUAUUGUACGGGACACGGCUGAUGGACUUGGACGCUCACAGAGCGGGCGCGGCUCCGGUGUGCGCUAUAAACGGGACCUCGUCAGAAGUGAUAUGUGACGCGACGCACGCGCAGAACACGGCCGCGCGGUCGUCCAUCACGGCGGUGGUGAUCCCGUGGCUCUUCAUCUGUCUGCUGGUGGUAGGCGUCGGGCAGACGGGUAUAGCGACGCUCGGGAUACCCUACGUCGACGACAACGUCGGCAGCCGACAAUCGCCAUUGUACAUGGCUAUCACAAUUGGGACUAGAGUGAUUGGACCAGCGUUGGGAUUCCUCCUGGGGGCGCUGUGUACGAGAGUUUACGUGGAUCCCCUCGCUAACCCUGAGUUCGAGUACACUGAUCCGAGAUGGGUUGGUGCUUGGUGGCUUGGCAUGGUGUUCAUAGCGGGAUUUAUAGUGCUGUUGUCAGCGUUGAUGUUCUGCUUCCCGCGACAGAUCAAGCCGAUGCCGCUGCCGCCGCCGCCGAAGAUAAAGAAGGACAAGGGAGAACCGUUUUUUAAAGAUUUCUUCGCAACAAUCAAGAGGCAGCUCACGAACGACAUCCUCAUGUGGCGGACGGCGUCCUCGGUGCUGCAUCUGAUGCCGAUCAGCGGCGUGUACUCGUACCUGCCCAAGUACCUGGAGCAGGCGUUCAGGCUGCCCACGCACGACGCUAACCUUGUCUCGGGCCUGGGUGGUAUUCUGGUGAUGGGGCUGGGCAUAAUCACGUCAGGAGUGGUGAUCCUCAAGCUGGUGCCCACCGCGCGGCAGGUCGCCGCCUGGACCGCCACCACCGCUGCUAUAUACAGCGCUGGAAUGGUGGUGCUGAUGUUCGUGAGUUGCCCGGAGGAGAGCUACCGCGCGCUGAGCCCCGGCGGCGCCAACCUCACGUGCAGCGAGGCGUGCCACUGCGACGGCGCGCCCUACUCGCCCGUUUGUGGACAGGACUCGUUCACGUACCAGUCGCCGUGCCAGGCGGGCUGCGUGGACAGCAAGCAGCUCGACAACAGCACGUGGCUGUACUACAACUGCCUGUGCGUCGACGCAGAGCUGCACGGCGAGAGGGCUUUCAAAACAUUGGAACGGUUCGGGCUUGACGGUUCGCCACUCAAGUACCAGUCGACGGGGUUCGCGGUGUCGGGCGAGUGCGGCGGCGGCGCGUGCACGCAGAUCUACGCCUUCAUCGCCAUCUUCGCCGCCGUCAUGUUCGUGCACGCGAGUGGCGAGGUGGGCGCGGUGCUGCUCAUUAUACGCUGCACCGACAAGCACGACAAGGCGAUGGCGAUGGGAGUGAUCCAGUUCGCCAUCGGCGUGUUCGGCAACGUGCCGUGCCCCAUCAUCUUCGGCGCGGCGGUGGACGCGGCGUGCCGCCUGCGCGAGCGAGCGUGCGGCCUGCUGGGCGGCUGCGCGUCGUACGAUAGCGACAGCUUGCGGCACUUCUACCUCGGAUUAUCAGCCGGCCUGAUGUUCUUGGCCUUCAUAAUGGACAUGCUGGUGUGGAGUAAGGCGGGUCGCAUCGACAUGAACCCCGCCGACAAGACGCCCGACGUGACCCCCCUGCCCACCGCGCCGUCGGACACCCCCCUCUGACCGUCACCGUCGCCGUCACCGUCACCGUCACCGUCACCGCUACCGUCGCCGUCGCUGUCACCGCAGCCGCGCCGGACUUUCUCCUACGAGUCGCAUCUGUAAUUCACUACGAAUACUGUGAUUGGAUGCAUAGAAAGUCUUUGCAAAAUAAGUAAGGCUUACUUUGAGAUUUUGACGAUUUUUAUCCUUCUACUUUUAUCUGCGAUUGGUUUUCGUGUGGUUAUAUUUACACAGGUUUCACAAUAUUGUUAUUUAUUGAUAAUACAAUAAUCCCAGAGAAUAAUAGACCUAAUUUUCCUUGUUUUAUAAUUACAUAAACUCAUUUUAAAAUCAGUUAUUAAAACUGAGCUAAACAUAAGACUCUUUAGGUCUAUUUUCCUCUGGCAUUAUUACUCACUGAUAACACAAUAAUCUGGCAUUUUUGUUUACUGAUAACACAAUAAUGCCAGAGGAAAAUAGACCUAAUUUAAUUUGUUUUAGAGUCGUAUGUUUAGUUCAGUUUUAAUAACUGAUUUUAAAAUGAGUUUAUAACUAUUAUACAAGGAAAAUUAGGUCGGUUUUCAAUACAAUGUCUGUGUGUGGUCACCAAUCGAAACGCCAUAUUUUAUACUAUACAUUCAUUAAUACGAUGGGACAAACAUGACGUUUAUAUGUGAAUAUUUUUGACUGCUUUGUACCCGACGAAAAUCGUCUCGAACUUUUAGAAAUAUGUAUUUUUAAUUGGAUUAAUAGUGAAGGAAAAAAAAUACAAAACGAAAUUUUAUAUAACGUCCAUCGAAGAUGUCCUCAUCUCGUGGACUAAUGGUCUAGGCCUUAUUGACUGUUAUCCAUGCUCAUGUAUGUUGAAUACUUUGAACAUAACCACCGUACUCACUAUUACAUUAGUGAUGAUAUUUCGACAAUAUCUUAGAAAAAUCUAUUCAAACGUUUUGACUUGUUUUUUUUAUUAGAGGCGUAAUUCAAUUAAUUUUGCAAAAGUUUAUUAUGUACAAUCAAUUUAGCGUACCAUCUUAGACAGUCACUUAACAUUAAGUGAG